CCUUCCCACUUUGAGGCUCCCUUUUCCCCCCUGAGGCCAUGGAAGGCCGGAGAGCCCCCCUGAGCCCUCCCCUUCUUUCCACCUAGACACACACCGAGGACGUCUCCCCCCUCGGGGCUGCCACGCCCUGAAGCACCCCAGGGUGGCCCCGCAGAGAGCCCACAGCCAGAGCAAUGGCCCCGGGGACCACGAGGCCCCCCUCCCAGACACUUGUGCAUGAAGAUUUAAGUGGAAAAGUCGAUGUACAGAGACAGUCCCACUCUCUCAGCAUUGGAAGCCUGGGCCCAUUGGUCCAAAAAGUCGUUACACCUGGAGAAUUCCUCAGCUGCAUUGGGUGGCCGUGUUGUCUUUUGUGCUCCAACAUGCACAUAGCACUCCACAGUGCUUUGCUGCGUCGCCAUCUCAGUCGUUGAACCUUCUUUUUGGUUUCAUCCGCCUGUUCAGCCGAAGCAGUCUUCACAUACUGGGGAUCAAUAACAUUCAAGGAUGUGACUAUGGACUUCACCCAGGAAGAAUGGAUGCUGUUAGACCAUUCUCAGAAAGGGCUGUACCUGGAGGUCAUGCUGGAGAAUGUGCAGAAUCUACACUCUGUGGGGCUUCUAGUUCCUAGAGAAAAUUUUAUCUCCUGUUUUCAGCAAGGGGAAGCACCAUGGCUGCUAGAGCAAGAUUGUCCGAGGAGAUCCUGUCCAGAGGCAAAGACUAAUUUUGAAGUGAAGGAGAUGUUUGAAAAGGUGAGCCAUUGUGUGGAAGGAUGUGGCUCUCAAAGAUUCAUCACUGAGGUUCCCUGCGACUUUAUUUUGAAAGAAAUCCGUGACUCUAAUAUGAAGGUAAAUAAAGAUCCAAAGAGCAACUGUGAAUUUGAUGAAACUCCAGAGAAAUUCAGCCAAUAUUCAGUGCUAAAUCGGCAUACAAAAUUGACCUCUGGGAAUGAGUAUUGCCAGGAUAGUAAAUACUGCAAAUGCUUUCCUGAAGAAGGACUUAUUCACUCCUCUGAGAAAUCUCCUGAAAUGCCCAUGUAUAAAGGCAACCUAGGGAGAAUGGCCUUUGGCUGGCAUUUAGAACUCAUUAAACAUCCAAAAAGUAAACAUAUAAAACUGGUUUGUGUAAGUAAUAAAGGCAGGAGACCUUUUAGUCAGAACUCUGAGAUUGCUGUACAUCAAAUAAUCCACUGUGGAGAGAAACCUUAUGAAUGUAAGCAAUGUGGAAAGAUUUUUACAGAGUGGGGCCAUCUUGCUUCUCAUCAGAGAAUCCACACUGUAGAGAACCCUUAUGAAUGUAAACAGUGUGGAAACACUUUCACAGAGAGGGGCUCUCUUGUUCAACAUCAGAGAAUCCAUACUGGAGAAAAAUCCUACAAAUGUAAACACUGUGGAAAGGCAUUCAGAAAGAGGAGCAAUCUUGGUGUACAUCAGAGGAGCCACACUGGAGAGAAACCUUAUGAAUGUAAACAGUGUGGAAAAGCUUUCACAAAUAAUUCCCAUCUUGUUAGACAUCAGAAAAUCCACACUGGGGAGAAACGUUAUGAAUGUAAUCAAUGUGGAAAGACUUUCAGAGUACGAUCUCAUCUUGCUGUACAUCAGAGAAUCCACACUGGAGAAAAACCCUAUGAAUGUAAAGAUGGUGAAAAGGCUUUCAGACAGAGGAACAGUCUUGUUUCACAUCAGAGAUUCCAUGCUGGAGAGAAACGUUAUAAAUGUACACAGUGUGGAAAGACUUUCACAAAAAGGUGCUAUCUUGCUAAACAUCAGAGAAUCCACACUGGAGACAAACCUUAUGAAAGUAAACAGUGUAGAAAGGCUUUCACAGUUAAUCACUCUCUUAUUGUACAUCAGAGGAGCCACACUGGAGAGAAACCUUAUGAAUGUAAACAUUGUGGAAAGACUUUCGCAGAGAGGUCCUCUCUUGUUGUACAUCAGAGAAUCCACACUGGAGAGAAACCUUAUCAAUGUAAACAAUGUGGAAAGUCUUUCAAUCAGAGGAACAGUCUUGCUAGACAUCAGAGUAUCCACACUGGAGAGAAACCUUAUGGAUAUAAACAGUGUGGAAAGGCUUUCACAGAGAGUCGCUCUCUUACUAUACAUCAGAGAAUCCACACUGGAGAGAAGCCUUAUGAAUGUAAACACUGUGGAAAGAUGUUCACAGAGAAGGGCUCUCUUUUUAGACAUCAGAGAAUCCACACUGGAGAGAAACCUUUUGAAUGUAAACACUGUGGAAAGGCUUUCAAACAGAGGACCUCUCUUGUUGUACAUCAGAGAAUCCACACUGGAGAGAAACCUUAUGAAUGUAAACAGUGUUUAAAGGCUUUCACAAAUAGGGGCUCUCUUACUGUACAUCAGAGAAUCCACACUGGAGAGAAACCUUAUGAAUGUAAACAGUGUGGAAAGGCUUUCACAGAUUGGGGCUCUCUUACUAAUCAUCAGAGAAUCCACACUGGAGAUAAACCUUAUGAGUGUAAACACUGUGGAAAGGCUUUUACUAAGAGGAGCCAUCUUGUUGUACAUCAGAGAAUCCACACUGGAGAGAAACCUUAUGAAUGUCAACAAUGUAGAAAGAUGUUCACAAAUAGGGUCAGUCUUGAUACACAUCAGAGAAUCCACACUGGAGAAAAACCCUAUGUAUGUAAAUACUGUGGAAAGGCUUUCAGACAGAGGAACAAUCUUGCUGUACAUCAGAGAAUCCACACUGGAGAGAAACCUUAUGGAUGUGUACAGUGUGGAAAAACUUUCACAGAUAGUGGCUCUUUUGCUGUACAUCAGAGAAUCCACACUGGAGAGAAACCUUAUCAAUGUAAACAAUGUGGAAAGGCUUUCACACGUAGGAACAGUCUUUCCAGACAUCAGACAGUCCACACUGGAGAGAAGGCUUAUGAAUGUAAACAAUGUGGAAAGGCUUUCACAAGGAAGAGCACUCUUGUCCUACAUCAGAGAAUCCACACUGGAGAGAAGCCUUAUGAAUGUAAACAAUGUGGAAAGACAUUAACAGGGAGGAGCAACCUUGUGGUACAUCAGAGAAUCCACACUGGAGAGAAGCCUUAUGAAUGUAAUCAGUGUGGAAAGGCUUUUAGAGAGAAGGGCAAUCUUGCCAAACAUCAGAGAAUUCAUACUGGAGAGAAACCUUAUGAAUGUCAACAAUGUGGAAAGGCAUUUACAGGGAGGAGGGAACUUGUGUCACAUCAGAGAAUCCACACUGGAGAGAAGCCUUAUGAAUGUAAUCAGUGUGGAAAGGUUUUUAUAGAAAAGGGCUCUCUUAAUAGGCAUCAGAUGAUCCACAAUGGAGAGAAACCUUAUGAAUGUAAACAAUGUCGAAAGGCAUUCACAAGGAGGAGCCACCUUGUGUCACAUCAGAGAAUCCACACUGGAGAGAAGCCUUAUGAAUGUAAUCAGUGUGGAAAGGCUUUUAGACUUAAGAGCCAUCUUGUCCGACAUCAGAGAAUUCAUACUGGAGAGAAACCUUAUGAAUGUAAACAAUGUGGAAAGGCAUUUACAGGGAAGAGCCACCUUGUGUCACAUCAGAGAAUCCCCUCUGGAGAGAAAACUUAUGAAUGUAAACAAUGUGGAAAGGCAUUUACAGGUAGGAGGGAACUUGUUUCACAUCAGAGAAUCCACACUGGAGAGAAGCCUUAUGAAUGUAAUCAGUGUGGAAAGGCUUUUAUAGAUAAGGGCUCUUUUAAUAGACAUCAGAAGAUCCACAAUGGAGAGAAAACUUAUGAAUGUAAACAAUGUGGAAAGGCAUUUACAAGGAGGAGCCACCUUGUGUCACAUCAGAGAAUCCACACUGGAGAGAAGCCUUAUGAAUGUAAUCAGUGUGGAAAGGCUUUUAGACUUAAGAGCCAACUUGUCGUACAUCAGAGAAUUCAUACUGGGGAGAGACCCUAUGGAUGUAAACAAUGUGGAAAGGCAUUUACAGGGAGGAGCCACCUUGUGUCACAUCAGAGAAUCCACUCUGGAGAGAAACCUUAUGAAUGUAAACAAUGUGGAAAGGCAUUUACAUGGAGGAGGGAACUUGUGUCACAUCAGAGAAUCCACACUGGAGAGAAGCCUUAUGAAUGUAAUCAGUGUGGAAAGGCUUAUAUAGAUAAGGGCUCUCUUAAUAAACAUCAGAAGAUCCAUACUGGAGAGCCUUAUGAAUGUAAUCAGUGUGGAAAGGCUUUUAUAUAUAAGGGCUCUCUUAAUAGACAUCAGAAGAUACACAAUGGAGAGAAACCUUUUUGUUUGGGAGUGAAAAAUUAGUGUUAUUCUCAAUAUUAUAGUUAUUAAUAACUAAGUUAGUAAGCCUGGUCUCCCCUCUUUCCCUGUCUCCCCAUCAAACUUUCUUCAUGACAAAAUUACCCCACCCUGCAUCCUUCUCCCUGUAGGGCAAAAAUUUACAGCUUGUAAAUAUUUGGGCUGUUCUUAGAACCUCAGGUACCACAUGAUCAAAUUUGAAGUACCCUUUUGUCUUGGAAGUUCUUCCCAUUGAAUUAAAGGCUUCCUCCAAGUAGUCAAGCCGAAUGGCUGGAAUGAUACUGUGUAUUUAUCAUAAAACCUCAUCCCCUCUCAGAUAAUCCAUUACUCCAUAACUCCCCUUUUAAUAUCUGAGUCCUGCUUCCUGUUCAUUUCUUAGGAUCCUAAUUUACUUGAAUUGUAUCCACUCUAAAGCUAUUCAACUUAAUCUUCCUGUCCGUUAUUUCUGGAUUUCAACCAUUGUAAAAAUAUUAUCCCUUCAGAGAGGCUUGAUUAUAUUAGCAUUCUCCUAUAAAUAAGGGAUUUUUCUGUGAAUUUGGGGGGUAUUUGUCUUAGGUCAAUAUCUUGACAUAGUGCUCCAUAUUUUCUCUCUCAAUAAAGCAUUGCAUCUAAAGUGAUGGUUUCCUUAGCCUCUCUUUAAUAGUCAUUAAAGGGGGGUAUACUGUGAAAUUUUCAAGAACCCCACAAUUUCCCCUACAGUCAUUCUGAAAGUAAACAAUGUGGAAAUGGUUUUUCAGGGAAGGUCUCUCUUGCUGCACAUCAGAGCAUCCACAGUGUAGAGAAAGUUUUUGAAUGUAAUUAGUUUUGAUAGGCUUUCACAUAAAGCUCCACAGUUGCUUCAUGUCAGAAAAUCUUUACUGGAGAUCGACCUCAUGAUUGAGACUGAUCUUAGAGUUUGCACUCUUAGGUUUUUUGACAUAAAGACAUAAAGAAAGAAACUUUAGUAAUAUGAUGAAAAUGGUGAUGCCUUCAUGCAACAAUCAUCUCUUAUUCCUAUUGAGAAUUCCCUUUGGAUAGAAAUCUUAUCUCUGUCUUAAAUGAAGGAAGUCAUUGAAUUGGAGAGUCAGAGCUUGUUCAUUAGGAGAAAAUGUCUCCUGAGCAGAUGAGUUCCAGAUGUAGUCCCUGGAGGAAGGCUUUUAAGCAGAGAUCAUAUCUCUUACUUCAUAUCAGAGUAUUCAUAGUGCAGAAAAACCUAAUGAAUAUACUCAGUGUGUGUUUUCCUCAGGAUGAGAGUGCUCAUUAUUAUUAAAAGAUGUAUAAAUUAUAAGAAGUCUGAGGGACCACCCCACAUCUGUUAGAUUGAAUAUCAUGACAAAAGAAAAGUGAUCAAAGUUGGAGGAGAUGUGGUCAAACUGAGAUGCUAUUAGAGGACUGGUGACCUGAUUCAACCCUUUUUGAGAGAGCAGUUUGGGACUAUGUUAAAUGUGUAUUUAGAAAUUAAAAGCAAGAGGACCUAUAUGUGUUUUGUUUUUAAAGUUCUUAAAGCUGCUCCUUUUGUGGAAUUGAAAAGUAAUAGGGAGCUCAUCAAUUGGGAAAUUGCUGAGUAGAUGGUGGAAUAUGAUUGUGAUGGAAUACUAUUGGUUUAUAAUUAAUGACAAGGAGUAGAUCAGAAAAUUCUGUAAAGAUUAGAGAACUGAUGCAGACUGAAUUUUGUAAUACCAUAAGAACAUUGCACAUUGAAACUAAAGAAUUGUUAAUUGAGGUAUUCUUAACAAUACAGAUAUCCCAAAUAAUCCUCAAGUUCUCAUAAUAAAAAUUUCAUCUAUUUCCAAAGAACUCAUGGAAUCUGAAUCCAAACUGAAGAUCAAUUUUUUUUCAUUUUUUUAUUUUGCUUUUGUUUGAGUUUAGUUCUAUAGAAGGAUCAAUAUGGAAAAAAAUAUUUUAUAUGAUGCAAAAUGUAUAUGAGAUUACUUAACAUGUCUUGGGCAUGGGGGAGAAAAUCCAAGAUUCAAAUCAUUUUUUUAAAAAGUUGUAUUUCUUUUUUUACACAUUAUUGUGAAAAAAUAAAAUAUGAAAUGAUGGAGGCAAA